AUGGAUGGAGUGUUGAAUCAAGCAUUACAAUCAAUGUCAUUGGAGGAAGAAGAGGCAAUUGACAUACCAGAUGAAGAGGAUUACAGCGCAGUACAAGUCAAUUCUAGAAGCUUGAUUGGGAAGCUUCUCAAUCCAGAAUGUCAGAAUAUGGCGAGAAUGCUUCGGAUAAUGCCGCGUAUCUGGAAAGUCUACAACAGGGUAAGGGGAAUUGCGUUGUCUAAGGAGAGCUUUCAGUUUAUCUUCGAGCGCGACACAGACAUUGAAACGGUGAUGAAAGAUGGUAUCUGGUCUUUUGAUGAUUGGAGUAUGGUUUUAGAUAGAUGGGUGGAAAAUCCUCCGGUUAAUUUUUUGAAAACGGCACCAAUAUGGAUAAGAAUCAGUAAAAUUCCUCUGUAUUUUUGCACCCUUAAGACAAUUGAUGCCAUUGCAAACAAAGUGGGUCAAGUAAAAGAGAUUCUGUUUGAUCCUGAAAAAUCUCGCUUUCAGGAAUUUUUUCGGGCUUUGGUUAUCGUUGACUUGGAACAGCCUCUUCGAGACACACGGAGACAACCAAAACGCAAUGAGACAGGUGCUAAUCACAAACCGGAGGCUGGCAGUUCUAGUAGAUCAAGUGGACAGGCCCCUCGUCAGCACCACACGGAUCUGGCCGACAAACUCAUGCCAUUACUGGCACCUUCAGUCCCUACCGGGUUCACACCUUUGCAAACCACCGUGGCACCAGAGGUUUUUGAGGAAAUGAGAUUGUACAUGAAUUGUACAGAUCCUACAGAAAAGGUAAUCCGAGAACACAGAAUGAAAAAGGCUUUGGAUGACUUAUCCAAGGAUCCGAUUGCUCAGCGGUCCAUCCUCCGAUUGGAGCCUCCACCUGUUAUCUCUUCUGUGUUGGAUAAAAGGUUAGGAAAAGUCUUUGAUUUCAGGACUGUGGAAAUGGAACACUCAGCUUCCAAAGGAGAUCAGGAAAAUUUGCAAGCUAAAUCCCCAAGUACCUCACGGGCUGGUCAAGGUACUACGGGUACAACACCUGACCUUAACGAACAUAAUGAUAUUUUACAAAGGUGCUCAAAUACUUUGUGGAAUAAGAAUGUCAACGAGGUGGUUAGCGCAGGGGAGAUACGUGUUCGGGAAGUUGCGAAGGAUACUAUGGAAGGAUCAGAUAAUUUCAUACCUCCACCUACUGCAGCGGGUUUUAGUAUGGGUAUUGCUGUUCCAUGCUCCUCUCAUCUGAGUGCCAAUAGCAGGGGGUCCCAAAAAACUAGCUCUUCAUGGUUGCGGAGGAAACGGGCUACCUCAGGAGUGAAAAUUACAACUCAACUUGUACCUGAACGUGCAAUUGCGGAGGAGAUGGAACAGUCCUCAAAGCGCAAAGCAAUAGAAUCUACAAGAUUUCUAAACAAGAUAAAGGUUCGAUGGUUCACCUGA